GUUAGAACCGGCGCUCCCUGAUUGAGAAACAAGCCGGUGUACCACAGGAUCUCAGUGACAGAAAGCUCGGUGAGGUAGUUUCGAGUUUGUGCGUAUCAGGUAGCGAGGUAGGAUGGAGGCGCACGGAGGCAAGCCGGAGUCCCUAUGCCGGGUGUGCGGGGACAAGGCCUCGGGCAAGCACUACGGGGUGCCCUCCUGCGACGGCUGUCGGGGCUUCUUCAAGCGGAGCAUCCGACGGAACUUGGACUACGUGUGCAAAGAGAACGGGAGGUGUGUGGUGGACGUGACGCGACGGAACCAGUGCCAAGCGUGCCGCUUUUCCAAAUGUCUACGAGUCAACAUGAAAAAAGAUGGGUGUUGUGUUGCAGCGGUGCAGCACGAGCGUGCGCCGCGGCCGGCAGUGGCGGCGGCGGCGGCGCACCAGCUGGCUCUCCACAAACUCGGCUACAACCUAUCCCGGCAAACCUUCUUCCCCACCCCCGCACCCCUCACCUUCUCCCCUUUCCCCUCGCUCCAUUACAACAUUCCUCCACCGGAGACCCACAACCCCUUCUUAGAAAAUUCCUUCCACGAAUUUCCGAGAGUCUCAGAAUCUAUGAGUUCCGAGUUAAGCUCUCUCCAAGUGAACUCCCUGGGCUCGUUAAACCCGUUCAAGAUCCCCCUGUUCCCGACGUCGCUGCACUACCCUGUCCCCCACAAUGGCUACUUCCCAACAAACAUCUUCUAUCCCCCCAUCAUAUCAACAGACAACUCGACGAGUGCCGAGCAAACAAGUAAAUCUAUGGAAAACGGCACAAACACUGCAAAAUACGAUGCGCCACUGAUGACUCAUGUCGCUGAGAAACCAGACUCCCAACUGCCUGAAAAAAUCAAAGAAGACGAGGUGUCAAGCUCUGAAGAGGCAUUUAAAACCGACUGUGUGCAGGACGAUACUACAACUGAAAAUUCGAGAACAAAAGAAGACUCUCUGAACGUGGACGCCGGUGGUAAUUUCAUGUCUAAGUAUACAGAUAAAUUGGUUCAGGUUAUAGACGGCCAAAGAGAUAUUUUAUUAAGUCACACGAGAGACAAACAAAAAACAGUGCGACAAGCAGAGAGUACAAAGUUGUUGGAUGGACAUGUUGGUCGACGGGGAGUACAGGAGCCGGUGACGAUGUGGGGGGAGGUGUACGACCCUGCAGCUAAGUUGCUGGUCGCGAUGGUCAAGUGGCUGCACAGCGUUGCCUCCUUCUCUCAGAUGAAGACUUCGGAACAGAGCUCCCUCCUGCAUGGAAACUGGCGCGAGCUCUUCAUUGUUACCGCUGCACAAUAUUCAUUUUAUUUCGAUGAAGACCUCAUAUCAUCGGCGAUAAUGGUAAAACGACCGAAUAUAAAAGAGGAAAUGAAAAACUUUGCGGCUACCGUGAGCAGGAUAUGUCAAUGUCGUCUGGAUAAAAACGAGUACGAUUGGCUGAAAUCCAUCCUUCUGUUUCGUGCAGAGUCCCUAGACAUAUCUUCAUCGCAGGUGGAAGUCCUGCAAGACCAAGCGCUGAUACUCCUCCACAAGCACUGCUCCAGCAAGGAUCCUGCUCGACUGGGCCGGAUCAUGCUGCUUCUACCCCGCGUCUGCUGCUUUACUCACCAGGAUCUCUUAGACCACCUCCUCUUCCCUUCUACAGCACUGAGUGAUGUCAAGGCUACUCUCUCCCGGAUACUCAUGUAUACUUCAAUGUAACUUAAUUUCGUUCUCUGACGAGCUAAAGAGCAUUAUUGUUAGCAAUGGCUGUUGAGAAUAGGUAGGUAUUACCUAUUUCGUUUAUACUUACAAUAAUAUUACUUAGGCAGUCCCUAAUGGGAGCCACAACUGACGUAGGCCCGGACUCUACCAAAGCUGAACUGAUCGGAGAUGUGUUUUAACCCUUCCACGGACAGAGACCAUGGGUCAUUGGUGGUUCAUAAUACUUUCUGUCCUUGAAAGUGUUAAUAACCAAAAUAAUUUCGUCAUUGAUAAAUCACUCACUCUCCGCUUCGCUUUGGUGGACUACGGCCCUCAGUCUAGAGGGCGAACCAGUUCACUGAAUUUAUUUAAUGAAUAGGUACUUAUAUUCAUUUCAAAAUUUGCUUUGAAAAAAGCUAAGUUAUACAUAAGUACUGUUUAUGGUUAUUCACCUUCAAUUGAAAAUUUAUGCUGACAAAGAUUUACCUACAUUUAUAAAAUACCUACUCAGUCGUUGUACGUAAGUACGUCAGGAUCGCGGGUGUGCUUAUAGAGAAGCUAGGUAGGUAAGCUAAUAAAAUUAUACUUAGCUGUAAAUAUGUAAUUUAAGAACCUACUCAUUAUUUGUGAUUAGUUGGUAGAUACCUACAUGGUUACAAAAGGAUCGUCUUAAACUAUUUUGUUCUGGUCAUAUCAUAUGUAAGUAUAGUUAGUUCGCUAGUCUACUUCUUAGUUGUAAUUCAGUUGUCGAGCAGUGCAUUAUCCAGACUGACUGGCCUCUCCAUCACUUUUUUCAAUUUCCCCUAAGAUCUUCAUAUACGUACAGAGGUGGUACGUUACGGGCCAGGGGGCGGGACUUUGUAUAGAAUGCGAGCUCGUGCAUACAAACUCGACCAAUAUAUCUCUUACAAUCAAACUUGAGAUAAGUUAUACACAAUUACACACUUCUUUGUAACACAAACACAUCCACACGCCAAAUUAUCACGCAUUCAAGAUCCACGUCACUAGAGCUUACCUCUUUAACUUUGUGAUAGGUAUCGUUACAGUCAGAGCGUACACUUACAUACAUUUUUUAUUUGUUUAACUUACACAUAACAUAGCAAGUUCGAGUACGGUCCUAUUUACUAGUCGAAGUCACACCUCUACUGGACUGGGAGUAAUGAAAAAAAGCAAAGUUGGUUCGUUCAGCUCAUUUGUUCGGUAAAGGCCUAAACGGCAACUUCGCAGAAGGGCAUCGCCGUGCAUAUCCACCCGGGCAUAAGUAUGAGAUAAUGAACUAUCUAUCUAUGUAUGUAGUAUGUACCUAUAUGGGCGAUGGACUGGUACACUGUCACCAUAAAGGACUUCGAUACUGAUGACUAGCUCUUUUCAUCCUGAUUGUCUAAAAAUCAUGUAGGUAUACCUUCUUGAAUGAGGCGUGACUCGUGAGCAACGCCAAGUGGGUAGGUGCAAUAGAGCAACACGGGUCUUCGCGUCCGGCGGCCUAGUGCCUACAUUCUAUACAUUAUAUCCCGCUUAGUGCCUAUAUCCCGAACAGUGAGAUACUAGGUAAUGCAUUGAACGCACGAACUGUGUAAGUAUUUUAAUUAUUUGCGUGCAAUAAUCUUUUACAAUGUAGUAAUAAGUAUAUUUUAAAUAAACAUUAAUAUUAAGGAAUUUCUGCGAAGUUACUACUUGACUGCCAUACCGAAUGACGUCGUUAAAUCAUAAAAAAAAAACAAUUAUUUGAUGUACAAAUUAUUAUACCUAUGUUCUAAUUAAUAAAGGAUUUCCAUUCAA